AGCAGACACUGUGCCGGCACGGAAGAGAACCGAUGUACACAGCAUCUCCCGAUAUUUUUUGAGACAUAACCAGUUAAUAGAGUGUAUUGUAUAAAUUUCCCCAACGCAAAUCAGCAAUGAGUAGCGUGAGAACACUGGUUCGGAUCGUGGCCGCGGAAAGUGUGGGUCUCGCGCUGCUGUGGGUGAUGGUGGCGGUGCUGCAUAUAUCCGCACUCAUCGUAGGCUUCUUGGACUUCGCUGCCAUGUCGAGCUUUGUUAUUGGGUUUGCAAGUUAUCUGCUCGUAACGCACCUCCUGCUCAACGGAUGGCUCGUGCGCAUUUUUUGGGGGAAAAUCCGCCGGCGAGUAGCAAUAUUACUUUUUGUCACAUUCACCAUUCGUCUUUACUUGUUGUUGCUCCGCGUCCGGCAUGCUGUGGUUGCCUUACGUGGGAGGGACCAGGUCGUGUCCCGGCUGGAGGCUCUGAAGGCCAGGUACGCCAUCUCUGUCGAAAAUAGUACCGUCGUGGGGUUCCCAUCUUUGAGUGCGGCAGUGAAACGCACGAGCUGCGUCCCUCUCAGCGUUGAAACUUCGACGAAUGGCUCCCAAGGCGACAGUGAAGCCCCGCUUAGGCCGUGGGUUGUCACAGAAACAAACGUCGACGCCGACACCAAGUUGAUCAAGAUGAGCUCCGACGAGAUGGGGGAGAGGGAGCCGAAGAGCCUUUCGCAUCUCUUCACGAGGGAUUUAUCCGAGCUCAUCGCCGGGAGGAAGAUGCUCUCUUUCCACUUCAUCUUAGAUGCGAAUAACGACAUUAUCCACGUCUCGAAUACCAGCACCCUGCCCAAUGGACUGCCAGACCGGGUUCGCAGUACAAGUCCUCUCACAAUUUGCAACGAUACCCAUUACUUGGUCAACCUCGCCAGGGCUUUGGGUAUGAGGUUUGUCGCUAUAGCGGCGAGAAAUGAAAAAUCUUGUGUUACUGUUACGCAGACCAACUGUUCACCAUUUUUAUGGUGUUAUACAUUGUACAGCACAGCCCUCUUGGUCUAUGGACUACUGGUGAACUUGCAUUAUGACGGCAGAGCCACCGGGUUGUACCACGCCGGCUGGAUGUGCACCGCUGCCGCCUGGUUCCUCACGUGCCGGAGUGUGGACGAGCCUUGGACUGACACUUUCGCCAAGAUACCGUUGCAUUUGUGUUUCACCGUGUGCCGAAUCUUUCUGCUGUGCGCCGUCGCCAUGGGCGGGCUGGGCAACGUCGCCAUUUUGUACCUGAGCGCCAAAGCAUUGGGAUAUCUCGCCCUGGUCGGGGAGAUAGUGUACAAGAAGCUCAGAAGGAAUGUGCGUCUCUGGGGCGACGUCGUGGACCGGUAUUUCUUCGACAAGACUUUGGUGAUGAGCUACCAAGGGGGCGAGAGCGUUGUCUGUUGCGGUUGGGCCGUUUGGUUUCACGUCUGCCGUCCCUCCGAGCACAGCUUCGUCCUGCUCGUUGCUGUGGUGCUGUGCCAGGCCGCUGGGAUGAUUUACCUGAACUUCGUGAAAAGGUUUCUGAAAGAGCCCUUGAAGAAUCCUGUGCGUAUCCUCAUGAUGGCGAAGGACAGAAUGAAAGCAGCGGAGAAAAGUAUAUGAUAUAUUUAAAGAAAAUUCGUGUCUUCAUAUUUGUUUCCUUAGUUGUGCAGUGUGCGCAAGGUACAUAGGUAACUACAUUGUCAGGAAUUGUACAUAAGAACAUUUAUACUCUUUAUCAGAUAAAUACUUUUUUAUCACCCAAGGAAUAUCGGCAAACCCUCCAUAGGAAUGUAAAUGGGUCUUGUGAACAUAAUUGGUAAGUUGACUAGUUGUAAUGAACUCAAGUUGUUUUAAUUUAAUAUUUGGUAUUUGAGAGCGACACACCCAGCAGAGACAAAGUCCCAAAACCAGGUUAACAUGCGAACCCAAAACAAACCAAACCUUUCCUACCUUCUAUUAUUCCCUAGAUAGGGGGACAAGCCCCUGUACCCCCCCUUCGUUAACACUUCGUGCCAUCUUACUGAAAACUUACUGGCUGUGUGAGGGUGUUGUGGACUUGGUCUCUGAGCGGUGACAUGCAGUGGAUAUUUUCGUUGUUACUCGGUAAAUAUGAGGCCCCUGCAGAUGUACCCGUGUUGCUUAUGACUCUAUUGUUUAUGCUGUAUAAGAUAGCUGUGUCUAUUUCCCUCUAUCUGUGCGUCGCUCUCGGUAACAGUACUAGUAUCUGAGUUUCUGCACAAUAACUCGUCGGGCUCUUUACGCCUCCAUUUCACUUUCUUUGGCAUCAUUCCAAUGGGUUAUGUUAUGUGUAAAGGACAUUAUUCACAUGUCUCAUUUAUGUACAUUUUGAAAUAUCGAUAUUUGUUACCGAGAGCGUCACACCCUCCAGAGACGAAGCUCCAAAACCAGGGUAUCGUGUGAACCCAAAAUCCAUACUUAAUCUUUCCUACCUUCAAUUUAUUAUUCCCUACAAAGGGGGGGGGGGUAAGCACCCUGUACGCCUCUUUAUUAGCACUUCGUGCCAACUUAAGGAAAAUGCAACAUUAAGGGCGUCUUCUGUAAGAGCCAUAACAGUUGAUCCAUUAUUAAAGUUUAAGCCAGAUCUCUAAGGUGCUAGCGCAAUGGCAGCAUCCAGGAUUAAAUUCAAUUCACCUCUGGA